UUCUCCUAGGCAUGCUUUGAGACCCAGAAGGGGAUGAAUGUUUUUAAUGUGCAAUGGGAAUCUUAAUUUCAGACACAAAUUUGUAUCUUUCUAUUCACCUUGCUGAUAUGCUUCAAGCUAAAUAUUAAACAUCUUUUUUUUUUUGAUCAAUUUAAGCCCAGCCUGGGGAGAAGAAAUAGUUAAAGAAAUGUCUCAAGUAUACUUGCUUUCAGCUAAUCAGACUUUGUGUGAAACUACAAAUGGUACAGAACUGAAAUCAGUCAUUGAUAAUGAAACCAUAACUGAAAAAUGGACCGAAGACUCUUUUCCAGGAUUAGAAAUAUUGUGCACAAUUUACGUUACGUAUGCUGUGAUCAUUUCAGUGGGUCUCCUUGGAAAUGCUAUACUCAUCAAAGUCUUUUUCAAGAUUAAAUCCAUGCAGACGGUUCCAAACAUCUUCAUCACCAGCCUGGCAUUUGGAGACCUAGUGCUUUUAUUAACUUGUGUGCCUGUAGACGCAACACGUUACAUUGUGGAUACCUGGCUCUUCGGAAGAAUCGGGUGCAAGCUGCUGUCUUUUAUCCAGUUAACCUCAGUUGGAGUAUCAGUGUUUACCCUGACUGUUCUCAGUGCUGACAGGUACAGAGCCAUCGUUAAGCCCUUGGAACUGCAAACUUCGGAUGCACUCCUGAAGACAUGCUGUAAAGCCGGCUGUGUUUGGAUUGUCUCCAUGAUACUGGCCAUACCAGAGGCUGUUUUUUCAGAUUUGUAUUCUUUCAGCAAUCCUGAGAAAAAUGUAACUUUUGAGGCCUGUGCCCCCUAUCCCGUAUCUGAGAAGAUCCUGCAGGAAGUUCACUCCCUGGUUUGCUUCUUGGUGUUCUAUAUUGUACCCUUAGCUGUCAUUUCUGUCUACUAUUUUCUUAUCGCUAGAACUUUAUAUAAAAGUACAUCCAACAUGCCAGCAGAAGAACACGGCCAUGCCCGUAAGCAGAUUGAAUCCCGCAAGAGAGUUGCAAAAACAGUGCUGGUGCUUGUUGCUCUGUUCGCCUUUUGCUGGUUGCCUAACCACAUCCUCUACCUAUACCGCUCUUUCACAUACCAUGCUUCUGUAGAUGCUUCCACCUUUCAUCUGAUAGCUACCAUUUUUUCCCGUGCCUUGGCCUUCAGCAAUUCCUGCAUCAAUCCUUUUGCUCUGUAUUGGCUGAGUAAAAGUUUCCGGCAACAUUUUAAAAAGCAAGUCUCAUGCUGUAAAGGAAAAUUUCGUACAAAGCCUCCCAGUGCUACUCAGAGUAACACACCUACCAGGGCCCUGUCAGUUACGGGCAGCACACAUGGUUCAGAAAUCAGUGUUACGCUGCUAACAGAUUAUAGUAUCACAAAAGAAGAGGAAAGCGUUUAGCCUGCCUGGGGUGAAAAAGGACAGAAACUGAGCCUUUGCAUCAAGUCACUUCUACUGCGAUUCUGGAAAGAGGUGCCUUGCCUUGCUGGGCCUGUGGAAGAGCUUGCAUCAGGAGUUCCUCGGUUUGGUUUUUUUUUUAAAUAUACAGUAAGGAAAUCAAACUGUGUGGGAGAAGAAGCUGCAAAAGAUGACCUUCUAGCAUAAACUCAAAGAGAUUGUUCACGUUGCCAAGCAUGAGCAGAGAUCCCUAGCUGGAAUUCCUGGAUUGGGCAGGACAGGAGUCAGCAGACUUGGUGCAAGAAUUGGCUGUGAGUAUAGUUUUGUUCUUGGUGACUUCUUCUUUGAAUUGUGACUGAGAGCUCCUUCUGUCAAGCAUUGCAUCUACUGCAAGCGAGGGAAACCACAAAUUUCCAUAACACCAUCAACCAGGCAGAUUUAUUUUUUUCUUGUCCCAAAUAUUAAAAAUUGGUAAACAUAUCAGAAAUCACGCUAAAAUGAAAGAAAGGGCUGUGGUAUGGUGUAGUAAAAAAGGGAAAAGUAUUAUGGGCCAGAUCCACACUAGCCUUUGCUCUGUCAGUGACUUACUAUGAAGUUCUGGGUAAGAGCUGACUGCUGAGUAAAGAGAUGCCCUUCUCAGUUCCUAAGGAAGCCAAGAGAAGCUGCAGGUCAUCACCUCUCUUAAAAAAGCUGUAAUAAUCUUUAACCACACUUGUAAAAUUCUUUGCCAUCUAUGGGUAAACUAUCUCCACAGUGCAGAGUUCUUUAUUGUUACAGUGAUUUAACAUCAAGAAAUUAGGGUGGAUCUGUAUUACAGUUCUAUUUUGGAUUUACAACGCACUUUUGAAGAGAAAUGCUUGACCGUCCCCCCCCCCGCCUUACUUUGCUUUGCCUCCCAGAUUGGUCUUGAGUGCACAACCUGGAUUUCUCUCAGAUGAAACUGUGUCCCCCAUUCAUGAAAGUGAAUUUGAAGUAUAAACUCCCAAAAGCGCACGACACGAGGGUCAGACCAACCGUUGCCCUCCACAGAUCCACUCCUGCUGUAGUGUAUGUGGUCUUAUCUAGAAGUUCUGUACAUUUUCAAGCAUGCUGGGAGAGGCAGAUUUUUCUUUUGCACUGAUUUUCUAUACUUCUAGUUAUUCAAGUAAUAACACUUCUUAACAUAGAGGUGGAUUGUCUUUAUGAGAUGGGCCUUCUAAUCUCAAACCCACUGAUUUUAUGACUGCAUGUAGAAGCAAGUCAGUGACAGCCUACCCUGAGCCGCCUGUGCAUCCCUGCAAAGCUCAGCAGCACUGCUGGCAGGGAACAUCUUCCCACUGGGAAAUACCCUACAUUACAAAAAUGUUGAAUGACACUUACUUUUAUGAAGUUUGUGUCACCUGAAUGAAAAUUCUGUUCCGUGGGAGUUGGUGAUAGAAAACACAAUAGAUUUUCCACUGCUUAAAGGGACUUCUAACUCAAAAAAAAGCAUUUCUGUGUUCAAGUAUAGAAGAGAGGUUGCAACUGUAUGAAUUAAACAAAAUAGUGCUGUCAGUCACAGAAGUCUGAGUUUUAACUAACCCUUGAAGACACAAGAGCCCCUUCAGCUACACAGAGCCCCUGACAACACAUGGCUGGAAAUCCAUUCAUCCAUGCACCGUUAUUGAAGUUCAUUAUAAGAUGAAAAAAUGUAUUUGCAGUCUCUCCCUGUUCACCAUCCUAAUCAGAAUAAUAAAAUCAAACUAUUAAUCCCAAGGGCAUUGCAAUACAAUCUCUGUCAUCAUUUUGAACCACUUUAACGACAGUCCAUUUUAAUCCCAUCAGGCCUGACAUUUUACUACACUCUUCACAUUACCAGCUGCAAGACUAGAAGCACUAAUUUUCAAAUGGAUUCUCCCUUUUAUUGUACCAGUUGUACACCAGGAGAGGACCACUGAAAUAAAUGGAAAAGUAACAGCACAGAAAAGCAAUUUAUGGUAAAAUACACCAGGAUAGGAUCACUGAAAUAAAUGGAAAUGUAACAGCACAGAAAUGUAAUUUAUGGCGAAGCAGACUCCAGAGACCUUAUUGUACUCUUUGUCUCAAUAUAACACAUUCCCUUGUAGUGAGCUACAUGCAAAUGUAACAAAUGUAUUGCACUGAUAUUUCCCCCUUCUCUUUUUUUCCUUAAUGGAGCUGCAAGGUGAGACUGAAAUGAGUAAAUAAGUCUACACACUUAUGACCCUACAUUUAUCUUCCUGGAUCUUACUAUAGGGAAUUCUAAAUGAAAGAAAAAUUAAUGAACAUUACAGUUCCUUAUAGUAUUCUCUAUUCUAACUUACUAGAGCCCUUGGAAAACAAAUCUGCCACAUGUUUCUAGACCUCACAAUUUGUCUUUGUUGGAGACCAAAUUUCCCAUCGCAAAAUCUUUGGCUACACUUCACAGUAGCCCUUAAAACCCACACUAUUUCACUAUUUUCCUUGCUUUGCAUGCAGCUACUUUCUGCGUGUGUAACUACUCCUCUAAGUGGAUGAUCUUUUGCUACUAUACCCUGUUAAGAAAUUGAUGGGUUUGUUGUAUGCUGCAUAUGUUUUUGUUAAAGACUGGCAAUAUUUCAAGUCAUCAUUUAAUUAUUAUGUGUGCUUUAUGCUUUUAUAAUUCUGUACUUUCAAAUCUUCAUGAUGUUGUAUUGGAGUGAUAUAUUGGUCAACAUUUAUUUUUAUCUAAACAAUCUCCAUUAUUCAUCCAAACCAUUCCUCCCAAUUACCUAUACAAUGUCUCCACAUCACCAUAACUGGAUUUAGGAAAAAAGGGUUGUUUUCUUUGCAAUCUUUUCUCAGUGUUCCAAAACCCAGUUCUUUCACCUCUAGGUAAAUACAAGUGUAAUUCUAUAACAGUAUAUGGGAAUAAUGUCUACUUAUAGAAGUACUGAGUGUUAUUUAGCAAACUUGGCAUAAAUAAUUAAGGUUUUACUAUUUAUAUAUCCAAUGAAAGAACAGCUAGAAAAAAGGCACAAAAUACUGAAAAGCAAGAUUCCAUCAAAGGUCUUCUUCAUGUGGAGUGUUAUUGAGUAAGUAAAAAUGACUUCUGGGUUGUACGUUUUUAUAGUCUGUAUUUAACAGCUUCAGUACCUAUAAAUGUAACGAUUAAUGUUCAUGUUAGCAACAGGUUUAGUAUCAAGACUCUAAGUUGUGCUGUCACUGUGAGAUGCUGGUCUACUUUAAAAAAAGAAAAUGCACAAAAGUGAACAAAACCACGUCAAAGCAUGGAUAGAGUGUAACAGAUUGCACCUCCAGCAAAUGGCACAGAAUAUUGAGGUCAGUUAUGAAAUUAUAGCCAUUCUAAAGCUCAUUCUCCUGUUCACAGAAAUAUUGUUUCAUUUUGCAUAGUUAAAUACAGGCUGCCAGCUGACUGUCAUGCUUUCUGCUAAGAAUAUUACAAUUAAAGAACAAGCUACAGUUACACAAAGCUACAGCACUUAAACAUUUCAAACAGUGGUACUUUUAACAAAAAGAUAGAGGCUAUAGUCAGCGUUUAGUUAUGGGCUCUGCUACAAAUGGUCUCCUCAAUGCAAGGUGAGCAGUUUUGUGACAUUUCCUUUGUCAGCACAGGGUAUUGAAAUUUUAGCACCUCUGGAUCUAUCGUUUUUUGCACCAUGAAGACUCCUUUUCACUCUCCCUAGUCUGCGUGACAGCUAGAGGCUCCAGCCCCAAGAGAAGUCCAAAGAGAAGUAACCUCUCUCUAUUUAAUCACUAGUUACUGCCUCCUUGUUCCGACAUAUCAAAGCGUCUUAAGAAAAGAGUGUUUUAACUAAUUAAGUAUUGGCUAGUGAAUUGUUGGUUCCCCUGUAAUAGGUAGCAGAACUCCACUUCAACAAAAGCAAGAUUUAGGUACUUUAAAUUUAGGUAGGUGGUAUCUCUAGACCAAUAGUCAGCUCUGACAAACCAAGGUUGCCUUUAAUCACACAGAAGUGUCAGACACAGAUACUAAAUCACUACAGGAAUGCCUCCUUUUGAUAUUUAGUUUGAGACAUUUUGUCAGGACUUAAAAAGCCAUUUAUUGACAGCUUUGACCUGAGCUGUGUUAACACUCCAGCUAUUUGCACCAUCCCCAGAACAGGCAGCUUGAAGCAGCAGUGGAUAAGCAGCCACAAAUUCUAUCAUUUCCAGGAUGUAGUGGAGAGGAAACCUGUCUUCACCCUCCAGGAUGAUGAGUUUCCAGCUGAAUCAGCUCUCCGAGCUGGCUCACUAUGCUGUCUUUACUGAAGAGAGAGAGAACAGAUGGUGGUGACGGGGUAAGAAGUUGUGCUGCAGUCGCUGCUGUCAUGCAUGCUGUUAUCGGCGCAAAGUGUGAGGGAAUUUCAGGUAGUUUGUCCUCAUAGCUACACUCAAGCGUGCAGAUCAGACUUAGCAUGCGCUAACCCUGCUGCACACAAUCAUGCUCUCACUUCCACUGGAUUGAGAUUAAAUUUGGACGUCCUGCUCCCCAGUCCAUGCCCCAGUGACUGGCUCUAGGCAGGUCUGCACACUGGGGAAACGUGCUGUGUGGGCACAGACUUCACUACAUUCACACAGGUUAGAAGUGUCAAAAAUAUCUGCCAAAAUCAAACAGACAGAGUAAAACUUAAAUUUCAUUGCUCUUACAAUGUUUAAGGCUAUGACUAUCUUACUUCCAAACAUAUAUCCAAUUCUCAUUUUAUAACUGGCCAGUUUACAUCAAGCCUCUCAUGCUCCUCACCGAAAUCCGAUGCCCAUUUGAGAGCGAAUACAAAUGUCUUGUAAGCUGUCAGUUUAUAAGUGAUCAUAAAACAAUCCUUGGACAACUAACAGAAUAGCCCUGCCAAGAGAAAAUUCUUGAAGCAUGAAAGAUGUUGUUAACUAGGCACAAUGUUCUUUGUAUAACAGCCAAAGGUUACUAGAAGACUGUAUUUAUAUCCUCAGCAAUUUCAUCCGACCAGCCUGUGAGCUGAUGUUGGUCUCUCUUGCAGAGCUUUACAAGCUCAGGAUUGUGUCUCCGAUUUUAUUAUCAUUCCAGCCUGUAUGACAGCAAAGAUAUAUUUUUUCCAGGAAUACUAAUUUCCAGAAAAUGUCUGCAGUGACUAUCAUUUUCAUUUUGGAGUGGAAAGAUGGCUCUGCCACUGGCAACCAGCCACUGCCAGCUUCGAUGGGGCUGUUCAGCUAAAUUUUCAUUUAAAACAUGUGCACUGUUUUAACACCUGGGUUUUAUAGCUUUAGGUUCAUUUUUUUCAGAACAGUGUGCUGCUGCAUCCUCUAAAUAAAACUACUUUUAAAUACAUGCUUUAGCAAUAACAUUUGGUUUUGAUGUAAUGCUGUGUGGAUUACACUGUGAAAAACACUAGAUGGCCCCAAAUGAAGGUCUUUUAAAAGCACUGAUUUGAAUUAGACAAUGUUAUUUAGAAUGUUUAAGCAUUCACAGAUGGAACACUACACCGGUGAAUAACCAAUCACAGACUUCAUUAGUGCAAACUAAAUCAAAAUUUUGAAGCCACCUUCAGCCCGUCACACCCAAUCCCAUGGAAAACAGGUACUUGGGCAGAUCUGAUGCUUAGUUGUCCAAACCAUGUGCACCACAAAUCUGUGCCAAGAGGAGACCAAGAACUGGUGUAUUUUUUUUCUAAUUUUUGCAUGCCAUUUUAGUGCAAACUGCAAGCAGACUUUUGGCUUCGGCAGUAAAUGACGGGCAGCUCCCAGAUGACGGCAGCAACCUGACCGUUCAGUGUUGCCCAAGGCAUGAUGGGGAAGGGCACUGCAGCAGCAGUACUUCCAGUGCUUCCUGCCCCUAAAAGGCUUUUAUUUGAUCAUGCCACUAAGCCUGGAGGGGUCACAGAAUUGUUUGAUUGGAAAAGACCUGAGAUCAUCAACUCCAACUGCACUAGUCCACCACUGACCACAUCCCUGAGCACCUCAUCUACCCAUCCUUUAAGCACCUCCAGGGAUGGUGACUCAGCCCCUUCCAGUGUCUGAGAAUACCUUCAGGGAAGAAAUUGAAAGCUACGUUGUUGCCAGUAUCUAAUGCGAACCUCCCCUGGCACAAGUUGAGGCCAUUUCCUCUCAUCCUAUCACUCAUUACUUGGGAGACGAGACCGACAUUUUCCUCGCCACAACCUCUCUCAGGGAUGGCCACUCUCAUGCCAUGGCCUUGCCUGUGCUGAAACAGAGCUGCAGCCAGAGGGAAAGGAGCGAGAUCGCU